CGUCCGAGCAGGCCGUAUUCAAUUAGGCAUACGCGAGUGACAGUCGACGAGUGUGUAAUGUCCGUCGACUGACAGCCCUUCGUGUGUCACGAAUCGAGGGGGAUGAGAUCGGACGAAGAGGAUUCGUAAAGUUUCACCGACCUCGAGUUUCUCAUCCGUGAACGGUGCACUCGUUUCGCACGCGGAUUCUGUCCUAUGCGCAGUAAUUAUGACAGUUCGUUCGAUCUGCGCACUUAUCGAUUACGCGCCCUCAAAGGGCCAACUUUGCGUCGCUCGAGGUUAAAAUGCGCGGGAAAAAUGCGCAAAUCGUAACGAAUUGACGCUUUCGUAUAUUAUAUGUAAUCGUGUCUCGUCUACGUAUAGUCGCGUUCGUUUGGGUUUGAAUAAUAUGCGAGGAUUGACGGCCGGUACGCGAUUCCGGCAUUCGAACUUCCCGCUUCGAGCGCUCGAUAAUUUCGAGCUUUCCUCUUCGAAGCGCCGAUUCUCGCGGCUCGUGAAAAUGUGAUCGAACGGCAUACCCUGUGUCGCGCGACGGAUUUUUCGUGCCCGGUAAGCGCAAAUCUUUUUUCUAUCAAAAUGACGGUGAACCGAUCGGUGAUAAUAAUGGUGUUGAUGCUGGUGACGAGCGUAAUUGUUUUGGUUCAUACGAAGGACGUGACGACACUGGAGUACGACGAUCUUCUUCCGGUGAACGAGACCAACGCCCGGCACCGAGUCCAUACAGAUUCCUCGAUCGGCGAUCAUCGUCAGGGUCGCAUGUCCCUUCAAGCCGAGCUACCGUCGUCGAAGGCGAAGAGGGAGCAGGCGCUUCGCAGCAUCCUUGCGGCGAGAAGACGACAGAUCUUCAGCCAACGGCCGAUCGAAUCUCGGAAUCUGAACCGCACACCAAGACCAUUCGACGCGUCCGCGAAAGAUUCGCCGGAUGUUCUCGAGGCUCAAGAGACGAGGCAUGGAAUGUACGUAACCGCACCAGCUACCAUUAAACAGGACGAAGAAACAGCAAGUAGGAUCAUCGUGUCAGAAUUGUCGAGCAAAGAUGUGGACAUCGAAUUCGUAUCGAAGGACGUAGAAGGCAAACAAACAAUCGAUCAAAGUUCAACAAAACUGAGCAACGAGAAUCUCACUGUCUCUGCUAUCGAAGAUAAACCAAUCUCUAGUAACCUCAAAAGCAACCAUUCGAUUAAUCAAAGAAAUUCCUCUUCGUCAUCCUCAACGACUGUCAUCGUAAAUACACACAAAGCUUCCGAUACGGAAGUUCGUAAAAAGAACAUUGUCUCUAUGCCAGAAUCUUUGUAUAAUUACUUUAGACCGGUAGAAAGUAAUAUACCUGUAGAAGACAUGUCACAGUUUCUAUAUUUUGGCCAAAAAAUUCAACCAGAGACGCAGAAUACAACUGGGAACAAUUCGGUUGAAUCUACGCCAACCGUGCCAACUGUACCCAGUUCUCGAAGAAGGUAUUCCAUGAAGAGAUUCAGUGCUACGACGUCUGUACCAGUGCCCAAGUUGGAAGAGAUUAUUAAUGAAGAGAUGAAUAUAGCCGUAGAAAGACAGACGGUCGAAAAGAAUAAGAUCUCGAAGAUUAAGAACGCGUUUAGAAGCGCGGAAAAUGGCGUUUACUACAGGAAGGCUAGGCCAACGGAGGGGGCGAUCGUUUCGAAUAUGAUCGCAGUGAAGGAGGCAGGAAACGGCACCGAGGCUAGAACAAACUCUGGAGAUAAAUUUCGCGACAAUAACUCGUCCGCUCACGCUGACGCUGCGGACCAGCUGCGGCGCGAGAGAGGAAGUGCUGCAACCCACGUGGCCGUUGAAACGAGGAAUGCGACCAACUCGACCCAGAUACCGUACGCGCAGCCCGUUUCCGCGAACAUGUACGGCCAGACCGAAAGUGAAAUCAGUUUUAAGGAUCAUCCUGCGGAUACAAACGAAUCCAAAACUGCUUCCACAACGUUGAACCGAGUGGAGCAUACGAAGGCAAUAAAGAGUUACACACGAAGAAGGAAGAACAAUAAUUUGUCCGUGAACACCAGUACCGAAAACGAAUCCGCAUUUGAAUAUGAGAAUCCUCCAGAGACUACAGAUACAGAAAUGUAUGGAGAGCAGACGGAGAAAAAGAUACGAAGGAUCGAUGUAUACAACAUAAACGAUCACCCAGAUAUCUUUAAAACGGAAGAACCGCAAGCGGACCAAGUACACGUGACUAAUUCCCGCGAGAGUAAUAACAUCGAGACUUCGACUUCCAGAGACAAGAUCGGUCGAUCGACCACCGAGCCAUUUCGGAUCGUUUGGGCGUCUCCUGAGACGUCCACCCUGCGGAUCAUCGUAACCGAGGGGAGUUUAGAAGAGAGUUUCGCGAUCGGCGCAGAUGCUGCGGAGAAAUAUACCGUUAAACCGGUCGAUUCUACGAUGGAACGAGUUCGCAGCUUGGCUUCCGGCGAUGUUCCAGCUGCGGACGCGGUUGCAUCAAGCACGACGAUCGCGUCUACGAGUUGGUCCGCAAGCAACGUUCAGUCAGGCGCGUUUACGAUCGAGCCGGUGUUAGUUCGGUCCAAGUCUCGACAUUGGGAACAGAAACAGCAGCAGCUGGAAGGAAGCAGCAAGGUAGAGCACGAGGGGAAUCAGGAUCCGCAUCGACAUCAGCGGCAGGAACAACAACAGCAGCAGCAGCACGUGUACGCUUACACGAUAACGAACGUGACGCGGCUAUUGCGCAACUACACCGGACCUGGGUUAAGCAGAGAGGAACAAGGAGGUCCAGAGCGGAGCACCGGUACGACCGAGAUAACGACCGGAUCAGCGCAGCGGCGUCAGCCACCGCCGCUGUCUCUUCUGCUUCCUCGUGCCGGUAGUGGUAUAGAGGCAGGCCGAGCGCCGGCGGAACUCAGUGCCGGCACGACCGUCGAACCAGCCGCAGCCGGUGGAGCGUCCGCUGCUCACCUGGUGGGGGAACGACAGAGGAAAGUGGUUACAGUCGCGCCGCCGCAGUCGCAGCAACGUGCGGUCAACAGAACGUCGCUGGUGCAGCUGACCAGCGUAAACAAGACCGGGCCGAGGUCAACGAAGCCGACGGAACCGAGUCACCGAGGCGCCGUCCGCUGGAAUCACACUAAAGUUAGAAAUACGGAUUUGGAGGGGUUUAACGACAGGAGGUUUCUCAGGAAGUCGGCCAGCGCGGUGCUCAAUCAACGAAUUGGAGCAAGUCCCGAAGAGGAAGCUGUGCCCCCGGUAAUAGGCAAGAGACGAAGGUUGACAAAUGGACAGACAGUAUCCAAUAGAAGAGUUAAAGGGACGAGCAAGAUCGUAGAAGAGAAUUUAAGUAAAGUGAAUGAGUCUGGAUCUUAUUUGGUCGGCGAUAAGAAAAAUUUGGAGAAGAAGAAUGUAGAGGAUGUGGUGGAGGAUCGAGGAUUUAGGUUAGCAAAAGUUGAUAUGAAUCGAACAAGUACCAUUUUGGAAAAUAUGACGCCGGAAAGCGUAACAAUGCAGCAGAAAAUUUCGCCUACUACGAUCUCGUUUGCUCCCUCUGUGGAAGAAACGAUCGAUUGUACUACUCCUCAGACACCUGUGAAUACCACGGAGGAAGAUGAAAACAAUGUGACAGAAGUGGCCACUUCACCAAGUGGAAAUACGAACGUUGAUACCAAAGACGAAAAUACCGAGUUUGGAGGUGAAAACGAGAGUGUCCCUACUAGUAAUGGUAACGCGUCCGAUAGGAACGACGAGAGUGGUGCGGAUAAUGGUAAUGAUAACGGAAGUGGUUCGCCGACCGUGACAGUGACCGCGACGGCCGACGAAACGAUCGUGCCCAAAGAAACGAGUACCACGCCGAUGUCGGCGCCAGUUUUUCCGGUUACACCCAGAAUAAUCACGGAAGCGAGUCGAGCGUCGGUCGAGAAAGAAACUUUCACCUUGAAGCCAACGGACUCCGCUAUGACGAAUAUCAAAACGACUGAACUGGAUAAACCCAGAACGUCUAACCUACAUCCUUCGGAGAUCCAAAAGAUGUACAGGUCGAAAGACACCACUGUAACUACGACUACAACUGGUGCACCAACUUCGUUCACUACGACGGAAGCUCCGACCACUACGAUAACCACGGUUCAAAUAGAAAUUUCUACUAUUCCCGAAAACCAAAGUACAAUUUCUGAUUCGAAAAUACCGAGUUCGGAAGUGAAACCUGACCCGUUUUCAGAUUCGACUUUACAAGGAGUAAAGUCAGAAAUAUCCACAAAUCCGUCGACAGAAACUGGAAAGCGAGCGUCUGGUGAAAGGUCACCUGAAGUUAGAGGCCGAAACCUGUCUGAUAAAUCUCAGGACGUACCAUCUGACAAAGACGACGUGCUACCUAUAAUGCAUCUAUACAACACUUCAGACAUCUUCAACAACUCUGGUCCCGUGAACUCGUUCUCCCGCAGUAUGGAACGACGAGCGGAACUUCCGGUGAGCACGAAGCAACCGGAGACUUCGAGAACGACCGAGAAAGCUAACGACACGAUUACUCUGAAAAGUGCUACGAACGAAACGAAUUCUAUCCGCGUCCCAGAAAGCACAAGGAAGGAUAAACAGGAAGAAAAUCGUGAUACGACCACGCAGGUUCCACCGACGGGUCCAGGUAGAGGAUCCACGAGCGGAAGUAGUAACAAUCGAACGAAACACAGGCCAAUUUAUCACCACACUAUCCUGCCGGAAUACAACACCUCAGUGUAUUCCAACGAACUGAAUAGGACGUUCUUUGAAAGUGGAUUGAUAUCGGUUAGUCCAAGGGAAUCGGUGAAUAUCAGUGAAGUGAUAUCGAAGAGACACGACGGAGAUGCCAUUGCAUCGCAGGAGACUGUAGCUGUGGUGAGCUAUAUCCUGGCGACACUGGUCGUCUUUCCAAUCGCCGUUGGCGUUGGCCUAAUUCUAAGAAGACUGAUACUUAGGAAUCGUAAGGUACUGGAGGAGUCGGACACAUCGUCGGAAAUAAGCUGCCGGAAAGACGCGCUGAAUCUUGAAAAUGGUGACUUCAAAACAUCCAUCGAGAAGGCGAUCACGAAGCUUCCGAGGAUACAACACUUGUGUCACGAAGCAGAGAAACCACCGCCUCCGUCGUCACAAGAAUCCAGAUGGGAGUUUCCUAGAGAUAAGCUUAGGUUACAGACGGUCCUCGGCCAAGGAAACUUCGGCCAGGUCUGGAAGGCUGAAGCCGACGAUUUGACUGGUCAUCAAGGAACGACCCGGUUAGUAGCCGUCAAAACCGUCAAAGAAGGUGCUUCCGAACGAGAGAAGGAGGAUCUGGUUCGAGAACUCGAAAUCAUGCAGCAACUUGGCAGCCAUCCGAACGUCGUAACUCUUCUAGGUUGCUGUACAGAACAAGAGCCUCAUUAUCUUAUACUCGAGUACGUGAUGUACGGGAAAUUGUUGGCGUACCUGCGUGAUCACCGCACCAGGCAGGAUUUCUACAAUUUCAGUGAGGACUCGGCCGCGCUCACCUCUAGGGAUCUCACUGUUUUUGGAUACUGCGUGGCAAGAGGUAUGGAGUAUCUUGCGUCAAAAAAGAUCAUCCACCGUGAUCUUGCCGCGAGGAACGUGCUAGUGGACCAUAAUAAGCUGUGCAAGAUCGCCGACUUUGGUAUGUCCAGAUUUGCGAAUGAAGAUGGGGAAGUGAUCGAGACGAGACACGGCAGAAACGCGUUGCCAAUAAGGUGGAUGGCGCCCGAAUCAUUGAUCUACUCGCUAUUCACCACUAAGACCGACGUUUGGAGUUUCGGGAUCUUGAUGUGGGAGAUCGUCACCCUGGGUUCGACACCGUACCCGGACAUGACGGCACGAGAAGUGAUGCGAAACGUGCAGAACAGUUAUAGGCUGGAGAGACCUUCGCAUUGUCGAAGCGAGCUGUUCAGGGUGAUAUCCCGAUGUUGGCAGGCUGAUCCAGACCGCAGGCCGGAGUUCCAGACUCUAAGGAGGGAUCUGGCGCAGUUACUCGAGGACAAUAUGAACGGACAUUACGUAGAUCUCGAGAGCUUCGCCUCAGAAUGCACUGAUUGAGCAUCAUCCAAUAGAGAUUCAUUGGAAAUCGUUUCACUGUCGUAUGCUCGUCUUUGACACAUACGAUCGAGCAUUCUGGACCAUCGGUUCAUGAACAUGAUUGUUUCGUGUUCAAUAAUCGAUCCUCUGUCUUGAACAGGUGAACAAUCUCAAGUUCGUGAAAUUUUGAUCGUAAGUUUGGUUGUGUCGAUUCAUUCGAACGCAUGAAUGUGAAUGGAAUGUGAUGCUUCUCUUUGUAUGAGGUAAUCUGCGCGGUUUUGCGAAGGUGGUCGAGAGAGAUUUUUUGCCUCAACAUGGAACUAGUAAUGCGUGAGUGAGAUACGAGCAGUUCUUUCUUUAACGCCUUGAAAUUUGUGAAUUCGUAAAAAUUCCAAGUAUCUGUUGCGAGAUGUGGAAAUCAGAAUCCGUCCAUAUAUGAUUCUAAUUUUUUAUGUCAAUUGUAUGUACUUAGGAUAAACAAAUCUAUGAAAAGAAAGUAAUUUUCGAAGCGUAUACGGAAUAUGUAUAUAUUAAGGAACAACUUCGAUAAUAUUGUAUCUUGUUCUUGAAACGUUUUGAUACGGAUGCAUACGGGUUUCAGAAAAAAAAGUGCUGAUAUGUUAUGAGACUCGUAAAAGGCGAAGAAUAUUUUGCAUCGAACGUAAAAUUAUGGAAAGACAAUCGAUAGCAUAUGUGUGUGAGAGUGAUUUUAUCGUUGAAACGAAGACGAAAUUGCGAAUUAUGAGACGAGAAGGAUGAUUUAACAAUGCAAAUACGAUGGUAAAGUAACGUGCAGUAUGUACAGUUAAGGAUAAUAGACGUUCUUUACUAUUUCUUUCUUUCAACGCGGAGAAGAUGUCUAAGAUUCUCUUAAGUAUUUCGUUUAGUAUUACUACACUAUGUCUAGCGUUAUUUCCUUCAAUUAAUGCGCCAGUCGUCGAAAGUUCGUUCAUAUCGGUGUUUUUCGUUCAACAUAAUAUAAUAAAAUAACAAUAUUAUAACAAUAUUCAAACACGCACAAGAAAAAAACGAAGGAGUAAGGUGAUAGAGAAACUUCCAUACUGUUUAACUUUGCUCACAUUUAACAAAAACUUGUUGAAAUAAAAAACUCCGAUAUGUAAACGAUCAAUUACGCAACCCAUCGCAUAAAUCUCAUGACAACACAAAACGAUCGACGUUCCAGUUGUCUAAUGUAUUUCUCUCACUUAUAAUCAUUGUACAUAAACUCGCAUUAUUAUAAACGCGUCGUGUCAAUCAAAAAAAAAGAAAAAAAAAAUUGAAAAAACAGAGCAAUUUUUCUUGAUCGUCUCACCGUAGUUAUAUCGAGGAUUAUUGUAAUAAUUAUUAUUAUUAUCCGUAUCAUUAUUAACGAAUUGUUAUUAAACACGUACGUUUAUAAGUUUCCAAUCGUCGAUUAAUAUUCUUAAUCAUUCUAGUCUUUCUUAAUGCGUAUGGGGUGGCGAUUGGUCCUGAAUUAAGCACAGAAAUCGCGUGUAAAUUUAUUAUUCUGGAUUGUGAUAUCUUCGUACGUUUUUUUUUCUUCUUUUUAUAUGAUAUGUACAUUACGAGAACUUCCUUUUAGAGCUGAUUAAAGCCCCAUCAUUGUCGGUUGAUUGUUUUAUUAAGUUUUGUACGUUAAAACGGAACAUCGACUCAUCUCUUCGAGAAUCCCGACCUCGCUUCCAUAAUAUCGAAGAGAAGCGAAUCUGUCAAUUUUUUUAAACGUUAUCGUAACGUUACUCUUUGCGUAGUUUUGCGGUCCGAUCACAUAUAUACAUACUCUUUUCCUAUUUUUUUUUUGCCUGCCGUUCUCUGUUACCCCCGCCCCCAAAAAAAUGCAAAUUAUUGUAUGUAAACUCAACUACUGUAAGAAGAUUUUUUUGUCAGUAAACGUUGUCGUAAAUUCA